AAACCAACCCGGAGCAGUUUCAUAUCUGCUGCGUGUCGGGCGCGUACGUUGUAGGUGCUGCAGGGUCCCAGAAGACACUUCAGUGCUGCCUCUUGCUCCAUUUCUGACGAUGGAGGAAGCCUAAAGUACAGUAGAACAGCUGCCACCUGUUGCCUGCUUGUCAUUUUCUCUUUGCUACGAUGUGUGCUCCCCCAUUGCAGCCCUGAGAGGGUUAAAUGUCAGAAGGCAUUUGCUUUUGCUAAACUCCCUAAUAUCUGGCCAGUCAGAAGUGAGCGGUGGAGUUUUUUUUAAACCUAGGCGAGGCAGGAUGGCCUUGUGGCUAAAACUUCAGGCUUUCCUUUCUGGGACCAGGUUCAACUCCAAAGCAAGACUCAAAAAGAAAGAAGUUGAACUGAACAAGCAGUGCAGUUGAUGAUUGCUUGGAUGUAGUUGUCAUUUCUGUAUUCAGAUUUGCUGGUGGCUUUGGUACGUACUCGGUCAACUGUGGGCAUUGAAAGCUGACUUAGAAGCUAGAGUUUGCUGUGUUUUACUUAGCAAGAUCUGCAUGUAGCUGUCUAAUAAAAGCUUGGGCUCUUAGUGAAAUACAUUUCAGGGGGAAGAUUGGAGGGGACUAGCUGCCUGUGACUUAUUUAUUCUUUUUAUUAAUUUUGGGAGGUGCUCUGACACUGCAGGGAUGAGGGCCCUAUAAGUGCUUAGAUAGAUGGAUGCGUAAGUUAAUUCAGUAAUAAUACUUAGUGUUUAUAUGGCAGCUUUUAUCCAAGGCUCUCAGAGUGCUUUAUGGAAACUAAUUAUUCCUCACAAUCCCAUGGAAAGUGGGUGAGUAGUAUUAACCCUGGUUCACAGGAGGAAAAAAUAAGACAAAGAGAGGUGAAAGGACCUGCCAAAGACAGCACGCUAACCAGUAGACCACACUUCUGUCUUUUUAAACUGGGAAGAUUGCAGGAAAUUCCCACACAGUUUUCUGCUUCCUUCUCUCCAUAUGGAUGCUUUGGGAUGUUGCUGACGUACUCCUCUCAGUGUAGCACAAUAUAAAAAUGAACAAAUAGAGGAUGGGGCUGGAAUAUCUACCACUGAAAAAUGUGGUCUCUUGCUCCUGAGGCAUUUCUGCUGUAAUGUAAAGGGUAAUCCCAGUGACUGGGCAGAUAAAUCCCAUAAUUACUAUCCCUUAGGGUUUUUCUUUGUUUACCCUUUGAAAGGUAUCUAUAGGAAAAGAUCUGAUCCUUCCACAACCCUCAGAAUGAUGCACUCUGACGGAACUGGAAACAGAGCAAGAAAAGACAUCUUCAGGUAGCUAAAGCCAAGCUAGUUCCAGCUAAGGACGGCAGCAAGCGGUAUAAUGCGGAAGCCAGGCCCUCAGAAAGGUCACUUCACCUGGGAUAAAUACCUGAAAGAAACGUGUGCCAUCCCAGCUCCUGCCCAUUGCUUCAAGCAGUCGUACACGCCGCCCAGCAAUGAAUUCAAGAUCAGCAUGAAACUAGAAGCCCAGGACCCCAGAAACACCACCUCCACCUGCAUCGCCACUGUGGUGGGUCUGACAGGCGCACGGCUGCGCCUGCGUCUUGAUGGCAGUGACAACAAGAAUGACUUCUGGCGGCUGGUGGACUCUGCUGAAAUCCAGCCCAUAGGGAACUGCGAGAAGAAUGGAGGGAUGCUGCAGCCCCCUCUGGGUUUUCGGCUGAAUGCCUCCUCUUGGCCCAUGUUCCUCCUGAAAACUCUGAAUGGAGCAGAGAUGGCUCCUCUCCGAAUUUUUCACAAGGAGCCACCAUCUCCAUCCCAAAAUUUCUUCAAGACUGGCAUGAAGCUGGAGGCAGUGGACAGGAAGAAUCCACACUUCAUCUGCCCGGCCACCAUUGGGGAGGUGAGAGGCUCUGAGGUCCUCGUGACGUUCGAUGGCUGGAGAGGUGCCUUUGAUUACUGGUGCCGUUAUGACUCCAGGGACAUCUUUCCUGUUGGCUGGUGCUCACUGACAGGAGACAACCUGCAGCCCCCUGGGACAAAAGUUGUGAUUCCAAAGAGCCCGUUCCCUGUCUCAGAAGGAAGUGCUGAGAAGCCCAGCAUGCACGGCAGCCUGAAGACUGCUUUGGGGCUCCAACCUGAGCAAAAACGUCGCAAGUCGGGCAAGAAGCGCGGUCGGACGCCCAAGGCCUUGAUCCAUCACCCCAUCCCUACCCCUUCCAAGUCUGUGGAGCCUCUGAAAUUCCCCAAAAAGAGGGGACCAAAGCCUGGCAGUAAGAGGAAACCUCGGACUUUGCUGAAUCCAGCCCCCACCUCUCCAACAACGAGCACCCCAGAGCCAGACACAAGUACUGUGCCCCAGGAUGCUGCUACUAUCCCCAGCUCUGCCAUGCAGGCCCCCACAGUCUGCAUUUACUUGAACAAGACCAGCAGCACCGGGCCUCACCUGGAUAAGAAGAAAGUUCAGCAACUGCCUGACCAUUUUGGACCAGCCCGUGCCUCUGUGGUGCUGCAGCAGGCAGUACAGGCCUGUAUUGACUGUGCUUACCAUCAGAAAACUGUCUUUUCCUUCCUGAAGCAAGGCCAUGGGGGAGAGGUCAUUUCAGCGGUGUUUGAUCGGGAACAGCACACUCUGAACCUGCCAGCAGUAAACAGCAUCACCUACGUCCUCCGCUUCUUGGAGAAACUCUGCCACAACCUGCGCAGCGACAACCUCUUUGGGAACCAGCCUUUCACUCUGAACCAUAUGCAGCACUCCCACGAGUACAGCCACGACAGGUACCUACCAGGUGAAACCUUUGUUCUGGGAGAUGGCCUCCCAGGUCCCCUGGAACCUCGCCUGGACCCAAUGGACUCUGCCUUGAACUCUGUCAAUUCAUCCAGCCCCAGCAGGAACUGCAGAGACUACCGCUUGCAGGGAUACAGGCAUCUGCACCAGCCCUCUAGCCUCACUCAGGGCAAUGCUUCUGCCUUGCGUAGGCUUAGCUCAGGGGGAUCUGAUAGAUACCUAGGACCUAGAGACACCUCCCGGCUGAACAGCCGAGACCCCUCUUCCUGGACAGUGGAGGAUGUGAUGUAUUUCGUAAGAGAAGCUGAUCCACAGCUGGGACCCCAUGCCGAUCUCUUUCGAAAACACGAGAUUGACGGCAAAGCCUUGCUCCUGCUGCGGAGCGACAUGAUGAUGAAGUACAUGGGGCUGAAGCUGGGUCCGGCGCUAAAGCUCACCUACCACAUCGACAAACUAAAGCAAGGCAAGUUCUGAGAGGACUCUUUGCGGGACAGCCUGUGGGAAUGCCGGGCUCCUGGCCACACCCAGUCGCGUCCCCCUGCAGACUGGUACGCAUGCAUACACCGCAGGCAGACACGGCCCUGAAAUGCCUGCAGAUCACUACAUGGAUCCACUGACCCCCUCCUUCCACUGUCAGGAGCACAGUGGGCACAUGAAAGGAGACAGACAAUUUGUUGGCUCCCCUGGUGACCAAACAGAGCUCGGCUCAUGGAUGUCCUGACGCAAACAGAAGAACCCUUUCCUUACCCCUCAGUUGACGCUCUUCUGCAGAGCCCAGGCCCUCUGCACCCGAGGGGACGAAGACACACUGUGUUUCGCAGAGCUCUUCAGAGCCCUGGGCUUCUGUGGUGCUAGAUCCUUUCCCCUUUGGUCCCCUGCCGGAGUGCAACUCUCUCAUGUCUGUCCUCUGCCCCGGUUCCCUGGUCUCUCCUGGCUGUUUGGUCCAGCCUAGCUUUGUUUCCUUGCUCUGUGUCAGAUGGACAGCUCUGCUGCAGAUCCUACGAUGCUGGCAGGACAGGCUGGGCAGGACAGGCUGUGAGAACCCAACUCCUGGAGUUGCAAAUCCACUCUGAGUAACACUAUGGCAAGCUUAAAAGACUGUUCCCAGCCUUCCGUGAAGGGCUGUGUGCUAGGGACUGCAGCCCAGAGCAUGGUCACACAAGCCUGCUAGUCCUACUGUCUGGACAGAGCAGCCUUUCCUCCUCGGCUGGGUCCUCCUGCCCCGGGGGGCCCGGAGCUGGUGGACUUCCUCAUGCUUGCGAUGCCGAGGUGGCAAUUUCUUUGUAUUUAUUUCUGACAAGGAGGGAAGCUCAGCUGAGGCAGACACCGUUGAGAGCCCAGAAAGGACUGAUGCCUUCCCAGUUAGCGUGGGCUGUGGACUAGGAGAGCUGGGCGCCCUGCUGAAUUCUCCCUUUUUUAAGGUGUCAUUGCUUAGGAAACAACUAUGAAAUGUUUUGUAUCUGUUAUGAAAUCGCAACCUUCAGAACUCUAUACCCAGCAAUGUAAAGGUUCGUCUGUCCAGAUGGUACUGUAGAAUGGCCUUACCUCUCCAUUUCAUUCUGCUACCCAUCAGCAGGAUCCAGGGGUGUGUGACCGGGGGCUGGCUGUGUGACAGCAGGAUCACAAUUUCUGGGAAGGCCCAUCCCUCUUUCUGCCCUUCCUGGGCCUGUCCCAGCUCCCGGCCAGCACAGCUUGUUUCAAGCUGUUUAAUGUAUUUAUUUGUGAUGGCACUUGAGCAGUGACCCACUGUCCCACGUCUGAGUUGCUGCAGCUGUAGAGAAAUGAGUUGGAAAAGAACCUAGCCAGGUGCCCCACACCUGCCAUGGGGCAGGAGCCUGCUCCCUAGGAAGCCAGUGGAACUUUUUCAUGAACUCCGGUGGGAGCAGGCUCUUCAUCACAGCUGUUAGAGCUCUGCAAUGAAAAACAAGAGCUGGGUAAUGCCCUGCACAGUCUCACUGCCUGGCAUGUGACAAGCAGAGGGAAGAGCUGCCCUGCCCCUUGGUGUGCCCAUGAGUCAGCUUGGAGGGCAUGGUGGGGUUGAACCCUGGCCUGCUACCCACAUGCUGAGAACAUUGCCCAAAGGGACGGGAUGUAGGGAAAUCUCCAUCACAAGCACUUCUUUCCUCUCCUGCCUUUCCCUCUUGUCGUCUGUCCUCCCCCAGCCAGGGGCUCCCUGGCUCGGAGUGCCACGGGAGCUCUUGUGUGGCUCUGCUUUACCCCUAAGGGGAAAUUGGAAAGGAAACCCACACAUAAUAAAAGGCUAUUUGUAAAACAAGGUCUCUGCUAAAUCCUAGCGGCUGCCCCCAGCGCCUAGCACAGCACAAUGAACCAGGCGAGGGGCUCGGCCUCCUCGCCGUCCCAUGGCCAGCAGCAGCCCAGGAACCUCCGCCUUGGUUUUCACCUUACCUUUGCUGCUGUCCAACUGCCGGCAGGCCUCUCGCAGGCAGGUCCCAGGGCAGUGGGGCCAGAGCUUUCCUCUGCACUUACUUUAUGUUGAGUUGUUUAUAAAUAAAAGAAUAAC